UGUAAAGUUAACAGCGCUGAGACGGUAAAGCACUGUCUUGCGACGUCGGUUCCAGCGCGAGAACUUUAAGUCAGCUCACUCGUCUUCGACCCGAUUGUAAGACAGUCUCAGCGAAGAGUUGCGUUCAAUAUACGCCCGCAUUUAUUCGAAAAGUGCGUCGAUGAUUCAAUAAAUCCACGCUUAUUGAAUUAAACUUGAUUCGACGAAAUUCUAAAUCAGUGUCGGUGCCAUCCUUGUGAACUAAUUUUAGAAGUGACUUGGGAUAAGCUUAUGUUUUUGAUUUGCGGUUGAUUUUCUGAUGGGGACAUUUUAACCACCGCCGCACCAGUUGACCAAAAAUGCUGAGACACCUAAUUUGGGCCCUUUUCGCCUUCAAGGUGAUAACCUUGGUCACCACCACGAACUCUUCGGAAACCGAAUCGCCUACCAUGGCGAACGAUAGCCAGGAAUCGCCACCGACUUUCGUCAACCCGAAGAGGAUGCAGAGGAUCUUGGUGAAACCGGCCGGAAACACUGUCAGCUUCAAAUGCAGGGUGAACGGAAAUCCCGCCCCUAAUAUAACCUGGCUCAAGGACGGCAAACCGCCAAGCAGGACCCUUGGCAAUUUGAAGUACGGACAAUUUCACCGAUCCUUGACUCUGGAAGACUUAGUUACCCAGGACGCCGGAAAGUAUACUUGUAAAGCUUGCAACAAACUGGGAUGCAUCAAUUUCACUUAUGAUCUCGACGUCGUAGAACGUCUGCCUCUGAAGCCGUACAUAGAAAUAGAUUAUCCAAAAAACAUAACAGGAGUUGUGAACACCACUGUUAACUUCACGUGUCCAAUAAUAGCAGAUCUUGAGCCGUACAUUCAGUGGAUUGCAAUCAGAGAUAACAGUACAGUAAAUCAGACGCAUAUGAAUGUUGAUGGCGAGGACAUUUAUGGCGUCGUUGUACAGAAAACUGGAGACACUCCCAGGGCCGACGUUCUUAUACUACCAAAUAUUACCUUCGAGGAUGAAGGGUGGUACGCAUGCGUGGCAGCUAAUAGCUUGGGUUCUACUUCGUCGCUUGGAUAUCUUCACGUCAUAGAACCUCCUGUACUUCCCAUGCUGAAUCCAUUCAUCAUCCUCAUGAUAUCUGUUUUCGCAGUCAUUUUUAUAAUAGGUUCUAUAGUUCUCUACUGCACUUAUAAGAAUCAUAGACAGAUGAGGAAACAGAUGGCAUUCGAAUCUGCUAGGGCCGCGGCUGUUACGCAAUGGACGAAGAAAGUCAUUAUCCAAAGGAUGCAAAAUAACAUCGACAAUAUUUCGGAACCAUUGCUCAUGCCAGUAGUGAAAAUCGAGAAACAAAAAUCUGAAAACAACAACUCAGGGGAUGGUUUGAUGGAAUACGAACUACCAAUGGAUUCUGAUUGGGAAAUACCAAGGGAAUUAUUGACCUUAGGAAAAAGUCUAGGCGAAGGUGCUUUUGGCAAAGUUGUGAAAGCUGAAGCGCAGGGUCUACUGAAGCCUGGUAUUCACUGUGUAGUCGCCGUCAAAAUGCUCAAAGAGGGACAUACAGAUAAUGAGAUGAUGGACCUGGUGUCAGAAAUGGAAAUGAUGAAGAUGAUUGGAAAACACAUAAACAUCAUUAAUCUCCUGGGAUGUUGUACACAAAAUGGACCCCUCUAUGUCAUUGUCGAGUUCGCCCCUCAUGGUAACCUCCGAGAUUUCCUCAGACAGCAUCGACCAUCCUCUGGAUACGAGCCAGCAAUUGGAAUGAUUGAGAAAGAGAAGAAAACACUUACUCAGAAGGAUCUGGUAUCUUUUGCCUAUCAGGUUGCAAAAGGGAUGGAAUACCUUGCCUCUCGAAGAUGCAUACACAGGGAUCUCGCUGCGAGGAACGUGUUGGUCAGCGAUGAUUACAUCUUGAAAAUAGCCGAUUUUGGUCUGGCCAGAGAUAUACAUUGCAACGAUUACUAUAGGAAAACAACAGAUGGUAGACUUCCAGUUAAAUGGAUGGCACCAGAGGCACUCUUCCAUAGAGUCUAUACGACUAAAUCUGACGUUUGGUCCUAUGGUAUUCUGCUCUGGGAGAUAAUGACUCUUGGAGGAACGCCGUACCCUUCUGUCCCAAGCGUGGAAAAACUAUUCCAGCUACUGAGGAACGGUCACAGAAUGGAGAAACCACCCUGUUGCUCUCUUGAAAUUUAUCUUCUGAUGAGAGAAUGCUGGAGCUAUCACCCAAAUGAGAGACCGACCUUUUCUGAACUAGUCGAUGACUUGGAUCGAAUUUUGACAUUUACAGCUAAUGAGGAGUAUCUCGACCUAGGGUUACCACAGCUAGAUACCCCUCCAUCUAGUCAAGAAUCUAGUUGUGAUGAGGAAGAAAGCAGCCCUUUCACUUCCUAAUUCACUGGAAAACUACGAACAACUUUUUGGUUGUUGAGGAGAAAUCGGAAAUGAUUGGCAAUCUCGAAGAAGGUGUCGAUCGAUAUUUUUUCAUGAACUCUGUGUUCCCAAUUCGCGAGGAUAUCGGAAUUAAUUUUGUACAUAGAUAUAACUCCUUAUAAAGGAAGUUUUUCAAUUUGCAGCUAGUUUAUAUUAAGCUUGAACAUUGGGCAUAAUCGUUUCGUAGAAAUGUUGGUUAUUUGUCAUAGGUCAUUGAUUAUAUGUGUGUAACUAGUCACGAUACAGUGUACUGUUUUUGAGUUGCGGCAAGGACUUUCUUUAAUGUAAGACUGUAUAUUGUUAGAGUAACGAUGUGUACAAAUAAAUUUGUGUAAGGAUUUUUUA